UCGUCCUCAUUCAUCUCACUCUACAGUCUUCUCUAUUCUCUUCCCUGAAAACAAAAACAAAAACAAAAAUGGAUUCGAAUCUCGUAGAAGAAAACCCAAACCCAGAAACCAAAUCCACAGAAGAACCUCUCGCCAUUAUCCCUUCUUCUCUACCAAUCGCCUCUCUAUCUCUCUCCUUCUUUCCCAACUCCACCACCCACUUUCUCCGAUUCUCUCACCUUUUUUCUCAUCACCCAAACAAGGUUAAGAUCCCUACUCAAGCCUCUUAUCUCACCCAUCUCUCUCUAUCUUCCGUCUCUCCUUCGCCUUCCACCAGAAUCUCCUUCAAAUCCACCGUCUCCGCUAACCCUCUUCAAUCCCCUCUCUCCAUCGUCCCGCGUCGCCCCGUCGAUCCUUCCUCCGCCGCCGCUCUCCGCCGCUCUGCCGUCGUCUGGUUCCGAAACGACCUCCGUGUCCACGACAACGAGUGUCUCAACUCCGCCAAUGACGAGUGCGUCUCCGUCCUGCCCGUUUACUGCUUCGACCCUAGAGACUAUGGCAAAUCCUCUUCCGGCUUCGACAAAACGGGGCCCUUUCGUGCCCAAUUCCUGAUCGAUUCCGUUACGGAGCUCCGGAAGAAUCUCGAGGCGAGAGGGUCCAACCUCGUUGUCCGGGUCGGGAAACCCGAAUCUGUUCUGGUGGAAUUGGCCAAAGAAAUCGGCGCCGACGCCAUUUAUGCUCACAGGGAAGUGUCUCACGACGAGGUCAAGGCAGAAGGGAAGAUAGAGACGGCCAUGAAAGAGGAAGGCGUUGAAGUCAAGUACUUUUGGGGAAGCACUCUCUAUCAUUUGGACGAUUUACCAUUCAAAAUCGAAGAUUUGCCGUCGAACUACGGAGCAUUCAAGGACAAAGUCCAGAAGUUGGAGAUCAGGAAGACAAUCGCAGCAUUGGAUCAAUUGAAAAGCUUGCCCUCUCGAGGUGACGUGCAACUUGGCGACAUUCCUUCUCUGUUGGAUCUCGGCAUUAGCCCCAGUGCUAGAACCAGCCAGGAGGGGAAACCGACAAUGGCUGGAGGCGAGACAGAGGCGUUGAAUAGGCUAAAGAGCUUUGCAGCGGAUUGUCAAGCUCGAUUGAACAAGAAAAAUCAGAAAGGAGACAACAACAGUGUGUUUGGUGCAAACUUCUCGUGCAAGAUAUCACCCUGGCUAGCCAUGGGGAGCAUCUCUCCUCGUUCCAUGUUCGAUGAGCUGAAGAGAUCAGUUUCUGCAUCAACCACCCCCAAAACCCCAAGGAACGGACCCGGAGAUACUGGACUGAACUGGUUAAUGUAUGAGUUGCUAUGGAGGGAUUUCUUCAGGUUUAUAACCAAAAAGUACAGCUCGGCGAAGACGCAGGUCGAGGCGGGUCCUGCUACAGCCUGUACCGGCGCAUUUGCUUAAAUUUAGAAAACUUCAGGUGACCGGAGAAAUUAGAAUGCAUCUGAUUUUGCCCUACUUUUUUUUUUGCUACUCGGACAUGACUUAAUCGCUCUCUUUUAAAAGUGAAGGGUAUGGUUAAAUAAGCUUUAUUGUGCUCAAUCAAGUUGUCAUUUUCUAGUCCCAAACAUUGCCAGUCCUCAAUUCCAAUCUAAGUCUCCGCUCCUUUGAG